CAGCUGAGCAACAGCCGACGACGAGACGCAGAGAGGCACAAGUCUCCUUCGAGCCGCCGGCUAUCUUGCACUUCGCUGUCCCAGGCCAGUUUUCAGGGCACCUCAGGUCGCCUAUCUCUGAUGAGCCCGUCCGACCUUACCCGUGCCGCACUUUGUUUCCCCUCGAGCAAACUUACUACUGUUAAACAGCUCCAAGCACCACCCGUUCCUUUCCGUCCUGCAGAGGAAACAUUUCCAGAAGAGCCUCCGGGUUAUACAUAUAUCAUUUAAAAAGGAACUUUGCGAGCGUUAUAACUUUGUGCUAAGGGUACCAGAUACUCCGCACAUGUCUCCUGCCACCCCGUAUCUCCCAACCCUGUGACACAACUUUCUCACUAGAUGCCCAGUCUCAGGUUCUAUUAAAUCAUUAAUUGAAGGACACCUUUUGCCGUUGAAUUUCCAUUUUGCUUUCUUUUCUACAUGAUUCCGCAGACAUGGCGGACACAAUAAACGCGACCAUGAUCUACUGCCACCAGUGUUCACAGCGAUGGCCGAGAAGUGAGCAUGGGCUGUCAUGUCCUCACUGUCAGUCUGAAUUUGUGGAGUUUAUUGGGGAGGACGAGCCCCUCCCUAGAGAUUCCCCCUCGCCGCCCCAAGAGCCGAUUAACGACCACUAUGGCAUGCCCCAGAACCCGUUCGAACAGUACUUAGGAGAGAACAUAACCCGGCACCAAUAUCGCUCCGGCGAUGGCAGAGUUACAUAUACCAGCACCACUAUCCGCUCCCCGAUGAGAGGGAUGCCCUUCCAGCGACAACCUCCUCAAGGCAUGCCAGGGUCCGAUCCUUUAAUACCUCUUUUUGCGAAUCUUAAUGCUCUAUUUCAAGGAAUAGUCGCCUCUGGAAACCAGCCGCAACCACUUCCUGCAAAUGAACCUCCAGGGAUCAGAAGCGACUUUAGGGGCCAGCAGAAUCACGGUGAAGAGCAUACGACCCCAGUUGCGACUGUAGAUGAUAUAUUAAGAAUGCUCCAACAAGAUUUCAUGGAACGCAACGCCAGACCGCGAGAUCCAUCUGGUCGAAUAGGGGGUGUGCCUCUUGUUGCGCCAAAUCCACUUGAGAUUGUGGCGCGAAUAAUGGGGUUGGGGCGUCACGGUGACGCGGUUUAUUCUCAAGAGGAGCUCGACCGCGUAAUAUCAGAACUAAUAGAGCAAACAGCCAACAGUAAUGCACCCGGACCCGCGUCGGAGGAAGCCAUUCAAGCCCUGCCGAAGAAGCAAGUUGAUAAGACGAUGUUGGGUCAUGAUGGUAAAGCAGAAUGCUCUAUAUGCAUGGACUCUGUACAAAUCGAAGAAGAAGUCACCGAAUUACCAUGCAAGCACUGGUUCCAUGGAAACUGCAUCUCGGCGUGGUUAGUUGAACAUGAUACAUGCCCGCACUGCCGCAGAGGAAUAAUGGAGACCUAUCGACAAAAUCAGUCGUCCCAGGAUUCUGCUGCUUCACAGUCAUCGUCUUCACCGCCUGGGUUGGGCAGCAGAUCAAACCCGUAUAUCGUAUCCGACGACCCGUCAGAAUCAAAUGGCGCACAUAACAAUCAGCAACCUCCGUCAGGUGGCGGUGGGAAUGGUCGAUUUGCUUGGUGGAUGAGGACUCACUUCGGUGGGGGUGGCAAUAGCGGUAGCUAAUAAGUAUUGAUGCCAAAAAUAAAAUUUGCAAUAUUCGGAUGGUUGUUUCCUGUGGCAUUUUAAGCGAUGAUUUUUAUCGGAAAAAAAAAGACUUUUUGUUGAUGAUGGCAUGAAAUAACUUUAUGGUUGAUGGCGCACCGGGCAUAGGAUGUUUUGUCUUAUAUUAAUUGGCGUGCAACAUUUAGGAAAUUGGAGGCGGUUCUCGCCCGAGUUUAUAUA